AUGACAAAAUCGAAAGAAUUUGUCGAUGAUUAUGGGAAAAUUGAUGGAGACGAUGGUAAUUCGAAGAAAACAGGCUCGAAAUUCGAAAGGCACAAACAUGGAACCUUGUUCGUCGUGAUGAUUGCCUAUUUCCUCGAUUGUAUGCUUAUAACAGUCGUCGGUAUGUGAUUUUAGAUAGUUUUUGUCUCGAAUUUUCAGAGCUUCAUAACUAAAAAAAAAAAUUUUUUUGAUUGUCGAAGAGCAAGAGGUUGUUUUGAAGGAAUAAGGUUCUAUCAAAACUAUAUUUUUAGUUCCAAUUCUUCCCGAUUUCCUGACAAAAAUGUACAAUGAGCAAGAAAUCAAUACCAGUCACAGAUGGCUCCGGGAAACGGCUGAUGAAGCCGACGCACGAUGGCAUUCUCUUGGGAUCGGGUAUAUUCUCUGCACUAAGCCGUUGAUGCAACUUAUUGUCAACUUCUUCGCAGGUCCAUUAACCAAAAAGUAGGUAUUAUAUUGUUUUAGGUAUAACUAACAUCAAAAUUCUUGGUUUUUACGAUUUUUUUGUAUUUGAUUGUUUUUAGAAUUGGCUAUUCAAUCCCUAUGCUAGCAGGAUUUGUCAUAACACUGUUCUCGAUCAUGAUGUUUGCGAUUUCUCGGUCAUUCUGGAUGCUGGUUGCCGCGAGAUCCAUUCAAGGAGUCGGGUCGGCAUUUACGGUCGCUUCUGGUAUGGGAAUGCUUGCUAAGGCCUACAACGACGACGACCAUGAACGUGGAAGGGCUAUGGGAAUUGCGUUGGCCGGGGUGAGCGUUGGGUUGAUGGCUGGACCACCUUUCGGCGGGUUUUUAUAUCAUUAUGGAGGGAUCUUCGCACCUUUCGGAGUUUUGGCCGGAAUAACGCUACUGGCUAUCGGUAAGCUGCAUUCUUUGUUUUAUGGCACUCUGUAGGGUUUUCUGGUACUUAUUUUUCGUAAAAGUUCCUCUAGAUUUGGGUGAAUUUUAAAUUAUUCAUAUUAUACUUGAUUUUCAGUUAUCGAAAUCGUUCUUCUUCAUCCUAAGAUCGAAGAACAGCAGACCAAGGCCUCAUCGUUGCUUCAAGUCCUCUCCGACCAUCAAGUCAUCAUCACCGCGUUGGCUAUUGCGGUUUGCAAUUUUGGAAUGGCGACAACAGAGCCCACAAUUCCCCUUUGGAUCCAGCGAACUUGGAGUGCCGGUCCAACACUUCAAGGGUUGAUAUUUUUUCCCUCGUCUGUUGCAUCCGCAAUCUGCUCAACGUAUUUUGAACCCACGUUGGAGCGAAUGGGCCGUUGGCUGUCGGCGAUGAUUGGGCUUGGAAUCACGGCAGUCUGCGCCCUGGUUAUCCCACACAUGCCCAAUUAUUAUUGCCUCUUGUUGCCGGUUUUUGUUCUUGGAUGGGGAGUUGCAAUGACUCAAGCGUCCAUGUUCCCAACAAUCAGUCGAGUGGUCGAUGCGAGACAUCAAAAUGCAUAUGGAGUUGCGUUUGCCAUAGCCGACUCCGCAGUUUGCUUAUCAUUCGCCGUAGGCCCGUCAAUGUCGGAGAGUUUGGUCAAAAUUAUUGGAUUUGAUAAGUAAGGAGGUUUUAUUUUCUCUCCGCUCUACUUUAAGUGCCAAAGAAGUCUUCUCGGAUAUUGUUUUAGACAUUUUUUUACGAUUUCUUGUAAUUUUAUCCGAUUUCUUGUAUGUUUGACGAUUUUUCGCUUCUAAUUUUUAUUUUAUAGAACGCUCAUGGUCACAGCUGCUGUCUGCAUAGCGUUUAUGCCAUUUCUACUUUUUCUCCGGACCAUAAAACCAAGAAACGACGAGGAAGAAGAGGAAAAAGAGCAAGAGAAAGAAGAAAAACCAGAAAAAUAUUAG